AUGGCCUCAAAACUACCACCUAGAAGAGUUGGACAAGGGACAACUGUGGCUAACGUGGAUGUGAUACCAAGUGAAAAUAAUAUUAAAGCCAAAUGGGAUGACACAAACACUGAAAUGUUCCUAAAGAUAUGUGUCGAGGAGGUCCAGAUUGGUAAUAGACCACACUCACAUUUUACAAAGGAAGGUUGGAAAAAUAUAUUAUCAAAGUUUGCUACGAGAACAGGGUUGAGUUAUAACCAUAAGCAACUGAAAAAUAGGUGGGACUCUCUCAAGAAAGAGUUUGGCAUAUGGGCAAAACUAGUAGAGCACCAAACAGGCCUUGGAUGGGAUCCUAUUAAAAGGACAGUGUUAGCAAGUGAUGAUUGGUGGGAGAGAAAAGGACAAGAAAACCCAGAAUAUUUGAAAUGGAGAAAUGAGGGUCCAAAGUUCUUAGAUAUGAUGGAGAUAUGCUUUAAGGAUAUAGUGGCGACGGGUUAUAUGGCAUUGGUACCAUAUGCAGAACCAUCAUCAGAAAAUGAAGUUUCUAAUGAACGAGGAAGUGCUCAGAUGAAUGAUGUUGACGUGGAGGUAAAUAACUUUGAUGAUAAUGGUGACAAUGGUGACACCCCUCAACAAGACAAUGAUACUCCACGGGGAGAAACAAGUACAACACAAGCUAGAAAGAGACAAAAAACAAUCCCAAGACAAAAGAAAAAAAGUGCAAAUGAAAAAUUGCAAGAAUCUUUUGAUCGUCUUCUCUUCGGGAUGGAUAAUAUGUCACGUUCAAGUAAUGCACGAGUUGAGAAUGAUGAUCGUUGUAGUAUCACCAAAUGUGUGGACUUGUUGGACAUAGUGCCAGGGAUAGAACGAGGAAGCCCACAUUACUUUCUCAUGGUGAGGUUGUUUGCAAAAAAAUAUCAUCGGGAGACUUUCGUGGCAUUAGUGGAAAAGGACCCAACUCUUGCUAUGGGUUGGUGUCACACUUUCAACAUGGACGACCUUACCCAUCUUUGA